UGAGCCGAUCACACCCAUGUUUCAUUUUUAAGGGAAGGGUUUUAGUGUGUGCAAAUGUUUUCAUCUCCCAACGCCUUAAGGGAAAGAUGGUGUUGACUGUUGAUGAUUUGGGCUUUACUGCUGGCCAAGACCUGACUAUUGCUGGCAAGGUGAACUCUGGCUGUGAUUCCUUUUCCAUCAAUAUCGGACACGACAAGGACUCCCUGGCUUUGCACUUUAAUCCCCGUUUUAAGUACAAAAAGGACCGCAACACCAUCGUGUGUAACUCUAACCGAGGCGGUUGGGGGAAGGAACUGAAAGAGCACAGCUUUUCAUUUCAUCAUAAUGAGGCCUUCAAGGUGGUGAUUAACUUCAGCAAUGAGCAGUUUCAUAUUAAACUCCCCGAUGGCAAAAUGAUGAGCUUCCCAAACCGGUUUGGAGACGACAGCUUUGAACACCUCUUUGUGGAAGGUGAUGUCAUAAUAAGCAGCAUCAAGAUGAGUUGACAUGGUCCAGACCACUCCGAUCACUCUCAUAAAGACAUGCAUUAAAUGAUAAAUAAUUAUUCAAUAAAUGAUCAAAUUAUACGAUUUAAA